AUGUCAUGGAUAAUCGAAAAAAGUGAUAAUGCAUCAUCAGCCAUUAACAUACAAGGUAACAGCGUUACUUGUCACAAAGAAGGUGAUUAUGGCAGUCCAAUUCAUGUUCUUUGGAAAGAUCCAGCUGAAAAAUCAGGAUUAUAUUACUGGCAAAUUGAAUUUUCACAAUUAGAUGAACAUGGGGUUGCAAGUGUUGGUCUAACCACACAGGACCACUUCAAAGGUGGCUAUAGCUUCUAUGGAGAUGGUAAAGCUGCAAUCAAUCGAUCCGAAAAAAUUCCAAAAAUGCUCGAUCGACGACAAGAACAGUUCAAAGGCAUGGAUGGUCACUGGAAACUGGUUGAUCACCCACAAUACAGUGAAUGUAUUGGUUAUCACUUUCGUCUGUUUAAACCAGUUCGAGCCGAUAGUAAUACUUACUGUCUUUGGACUAGUAUUGUAAAUGAUAUAAGUUGCGAUCUUGUCCAUGAUCCGUUCACAAAUAAAUGGACAAAUAAAGGCAUUCAGACAACAUUGAUGGAUGGAGAUGACGAAUUGCUACGAAAGGAAGAAGUAAUGCUGAACCUUCUCGAUGAAAUAACCAAUGUUGGGUUACAAGGACAACAUUUGGUUAUGAUGUUGAAUGGAAACCAAGUGAAAUUUGAACGCUAUACACAGGAUCCUUCAAUAGCAUACACGAAAAAUGUUUUCACAGAAGAAUAUUAG